AAUUCUAAUCAGGCCACAGCACAACCGCCUGCCAACACGAUGAUGGGUCGUGAGGAUGCUAGCAGUUGCGAUCGCCAGCACACCAUUCCCGUCGGUCAUGGAGCUAUGCGCACCCCCAAAGCACCGUUUGCACUCCAACCCAAGCCGUUUGGUUACUCGAUCGGUCAAACGUUACCACCAACGUACCGCAACGCAACACACGGCUUCCUGCGGAACUCGUUCUUCAUCAAGCGGUUAUUGUACACGACAGUCGUCUUGGGUAUCAUUGAUGGAUGCGGUAUUACCUACAUGAUGUACAUGCAAUUCGUCGUCGACAAGCGGUCCGCGAUGUUUCGAGCCAUGAACGUGGACGAGAUGGAGAAGCACGACCCAACCUGCUUGAAGUGGACGUGGUUUUCUCGAACCAUGUACUUUUCAUUUCCAAUGGUGAUUUUCCUGGGUCUAGCCGCGAGCGGCUGCCGCGUCUUCGAUCUGUUCAAGCGCUCGACCGGCCCCAGCAACAACAACGACGACGACGACGACGACGGCAUGCCGCCGACCCGAGGCACCCUGGCACACCAGCAGCAGCGCAUCACGACCAAAGUCCAGCGCACGUGGUACUUGCAAGUGUGCGAAAUAGUGUGCGUGUGUCUCAUCCUGUUCUACGUGGGCGCGUUCGCGUUUGUCUUGAUCACGUUCGUCCAGUCCAACUUUACGCUGCAACUGUGCCACGAACGCGUGCCUUUCAUCAACUCGUUCGUGUCCAUCUUGUCCUGGGUGGGCAUCGGGUUCCAGUUCACGUACUUUGCGCGGCUUCGCGACCACUUGAAGAUGCAGCUGGGGGCGUUCAAGGAAGGCGAGCUCACGGGCGGCGGUCGAAAGCCGCCGGUCGUCGGGACGCCCUCCAAGGUUGACAUCCAAAAGCGCAUAUUCACCGCCGCCGAGUUGAGCGACGUCGACGGCCUCCGGCACGCGCUUGGGCUCGCACGAACGUACUUGGGCAAGGAGUUUGCCAAGGAACUGUAUGGGUCGGCCUCGCUUGGCUGGGUGCUGAACUUUUCCAAGAAGAAUCCCGUGCACGCCGCCGCGGCCCACGGCAACCUCACCAUGCUGCAGCUGCUCUUGGACGCGGGGUUCUCGAUGAACUCGCUGGACAAGAUCAACCGCGUCCGAGUCAGCACCGGCGACCUCUUCUGGUACUUGAGCCAGAUGCUCGUGCGCCGCGCGGUCGUGUCGGCGGACGAGUCCGCCAAGCACCUCUUUAAGACCACGCUCGUGUCCCCGCUGCACUGCGCGGUGGCGGCGUCCCGCGUCGAAGCGGUCCGGUGGCUGCUGGACCAUGGCGCGCUGGUCAACCAGACGGCGCGGUCGUCCAACAGGGAAGAACGUCUGCCACCCAUCUUCCUCUGCGAACACCCAUCCAUCAUGGAGAUGCUUCUCGCGGCCAACGCAGAUCACUUGUGUGUGCCCAAUGCCGGGGGCUCGCAUACGCUAACCGUGUUGGAACUGUCGUACCUCCGCGGCAAUUAUGCGGUCGGCGUGGUGCUCGAAGACUGGGGCGGCGACGUUGCGCUCACGCCCCUGCACUUGGCUGCUGCCUCGAACGACGUGGUCAAGGUGCAUAAAAUGCUUAGCUACUGCGACCCCAACUGCUUGGGGGAAUACGGGUACGCUGGCUUCAACCGGCGCACGCCGCUGCACUGGGCCGCCAUCGCCGGCAGUGUCGACGUGCUGGCGCCGCUGCUCAACAAGGGCGCGGACCCCCACGCGCAGGACGCGGGUGGCCGCACGCCGCUGCACUGGGCGGCUCGAGCCAACCGCGUCGAGUGCGUGACCAUCCUGCUCGAGCACCGGGCCAACGUCCACGCCCGAGAUGUGGACGGGAUGACGCCAGUGUUGUGCGCGGCGUUGGCGCCGGACCUGCGUCCGGAACUGCUGCAGGCGCUGGUCCUCCACGGCGCCAACAUCAACGCGACGGUGGCGACGGGCGACACGGCGCUGCACGUGGCCAUGAAGCAGGGGAACCGAGCCGCCGCGCUGGCGCUUCUCGGCGUCGGCGCCGACAUCAACGCGGUCAACGGCGACGGCAGCCGCGCGAUCGACUGCACCACGUCCACGGAGCUCCAGUUUGCCGUCAAGCGCGCCGCCGGAAGCCGCGACGUCAUGAUCAGCUACACGCACUCGCACUCGGAGUUCGCGAAAAAGUUGCGCGCGAGUCUAGAGCAGCAGCACAUCACCACAUGGCUCGAUCUGAUGGAUCCGAGCGGCAUUGGCGGCGGGGCUGUGUGGCGCGAAGAGAUUGCCCGCGGGAUUCUCAAUGCUAGCUGUGUCGUGUGCGUUCUCACCGAAGACUACCCUCGGUCUGAGUGGUGCCUCAAGGAGCUAGCGUACGCCAAGCAGGUGGGCACGCCCGUGCUCGCCAUCUCCACCGAGCACGUGACUAUCACAGAGGAGCUCCAAGUGUACUUGUACACUCGUCAGAUUGUACCGUUUGAGUCAGCGAUCUCCGCUGUCGACGCGGCCAACCCACGGAACAUCACGUACGAGUACAACCAAGACCAGUACCUGACGCAGUUUCGGUCACUGCUGGACGGCGUGCGCGACGAGAUUGAAAAGAAGCGGUGCGUGGCCAGACCUACCCUCGACAUGCCGACGACAGCGAUGGCGACGUGGGGUCCGACGCUGCUGCAGCACAACUACCCCCCCGACCACAACGACGAGUACUGGAAGCAGCCGUUCGUGGUGCUCGCGUCCGGCGACUGCCACCAAGGGUUUGUGCGACAGGUGCACCAGGAACUGUCGGCGGCGUCCUGUCGGGUGUACCUCGACCAUCCGCACGGAGCCGACACGCAGAGCCGCAUCUCAGCGGCCAAGGAAGCGAUCAUCCACUGCGCCGUAUUUGUGGUCGUGCUGUCUGACAAGAACCAGAACGAACUGCUGCUGGACCAAAUCGCGUUCGCAGAGGACAAGGGCAAACCCAUCUUGCCGCUGCUGCUGUCCAACCCCCGCGAGUACUUGGGGUUGGGGCUGCAGUACACUCUGUCCCGCAUCGACGUGUUUCACUUUGCCCAGAACGUCGGGUUUGCAUCGUCCAUGAUGCAUUUGCUCCAGGGACUCGACAAGCACAUGCAUGUCCCGACGACGCGCCGCGGGUACCUCAGCUCCACGAUGGCGCGGAUGACCGUUCCAGAGGACGGAGAUCGAUGGAGCUAUGCGAGCGACGAGGCCGGGUCGUCGGGACGGAUUCACCGAUUGUGAUAUUGUAAGUUUGUUAUUUUAUUGAUUUGUGUGGUGUCGACUGCUUGGCGUCUUUUAAAAACUGCUGCAAUGCAUUCAGGCGGUUGUCAAUGUCGACAAA